AUGGCCGACCCAUUUCGUAAGAAAACAUGGUUUCUCGCGCCAACAUGGGAAAUUCCUCCUUCGGCGAUUAGGCUGGGCUACCUAGUCGCUGACCCCAUGGAACCCCGAUAUCCCCUAAACCCUUCUCCCGUCACACCUCCAGCCUCUCCAGCACACAGCGGCAACCCUCCUCCCAUAGACACUGAGAUAUUCCUCAAUAAAGAUCCUUAUGGCUUUAGUAUGGAGUUAUCCAGAGAGCGCUCGACCAAACUCGGGUUGUGGGCCGAGUCCCUCCACACUAUCGGCCUGACGGCGGAGGUCAAACUCAAAUUGUCGAAGGACAUGCUGAUUACAUAUGCCGUUGAAGAGGCGCAGACCGAAUGGUUUAGUCCGUCCAUUGACUUUGUUCGCUCAACAAUCAGAACGAGGGGAGUUGCGGAUUUCUUGGAUAUGGCUAGCCUCAAGCACUCGCUUUACAUGAUCAUCGGAGUAAAGUCUAUGAAAGGUGCCUCGAUAUCAACGUGCUAUACAAAAGGGCACUCAGCUAGUGCUAAGUUUGGCUUCGACGGCACAUCGGCUGGGGCCCCAACGUCCGGGGGCCCAGAGUUCAAGCAACAGCGAGGCGACUGA